UGUUUUCAGUGUCAGAACUUCUACACUUGUCCAUACAAAAACUGAAAACCCCAAGCACUCGGGCAGGAAAUACUAACCCACUGAUAGCAAUUAGCCGAAAUAGCAUCAUGAUAUACCUACAAAGCUGCUGCUGCUGCGUUGAUCUGCGAAUCGGCACCAUAGCCAUCGGGAUCCUCCACAUCAUAGCGGAUAUCCUCGGAGGCACCUUUGUUGCCUUAUUCGGGGAGUCGGGCAUUCCCGACUUGGGUCACACCCUCUUCAUUAUCUUCGUGAUGCUGCACAUCCUGAGCUGCGUAUUCCUGAUCAUCGGCUGUUUACGGCUAAGGAGCAGCUGGAUUCUCUUCUAUAUAAUAAUGACAAUGAUCAUGGCCCUUGCAAUGAUCAUAUUGAUAGUAUCCGACGUCAUACUCGUUGUUUGGUUCUGGGUAAUGAUCACAUACGCUUUAAUGUUAUUUAUAUGCCUAUAUUUCUGGCUGGUGGCAUACUCUUUUUACGCCGCCUUAGGAGGCCCGCUAUUCAUCUGAACGGGAUCCGCUACCAAGAAGCUAUUGAACUAAAUUGUAUUUGUACACUUAAAGUGGCCCCUGAAAAUGAAAUAAUCAUCGUUGAGUACCGAAA